AUGGAGGAGAAGGUGGAAAUUCUGAGGAUAUUGGGGGGAAUGCAGCAGGUGAGACAGAGUAAGUAUUUGGGUCUACCAAUGGUUAUAGGUCGAUCCAAGAGACAGGUUUUUAACUACAUCAAGGAGAAGGUGUUAAGGAGACUUAAAGGAUGGAAAGAAAAAUUGCUGAGCCAAGCUGGUAAGGAAGUGAUGUUGAAAUCAGUAAUCCUAGCUAUGCCUGCAUAUGCUAUGAAUUGCUGUAGACUGCCUAAGAAUUUGUGUAAAGAAAUAAGUAGGGAAAUGGCUCGGUUCUGGUGGGGAAAUGGUGAAGACAAGAAGAAAAUUCAUUAG